AUGUCGUCCACAUACAACCUACGUCCAAGACCACUCUUGAAGCCUACAAUCUUCAGAUUCCUUAAUGAAGAGCGUUUUCCAACGCUAACAGCCGCAAUUGACGCAUGUCCAGACUGGACAAACCCCUCACAUACCAUAGAGGACAGUUCCUUCUACCCGACUGACUCCUCAUCAUCAACAACACAGACAACGACAUCGGAUGUCACAGAUGAACUGUCUGAAGCAUCAUCAACAGAACUCUGGGGUUUGGAAGUCGCGACAAGAGAAAUCGAACACGAUGGACGCGUGGUUAACCCCGACGCAACCGAAAUUACGUCCGAUACAUCCGACACCAUGUCCGAAAUAAUGUCUAUAGACGGAAUGAACGACAUUCCACUAGCCAUGAGCACAGAAAUUGACAAUACGAGAUCCGAUAUGAGCGACAUGUCAAUCUCAGACAACGAAAUCAACCACAUACCAGUCGAAAUGAGCAUGUCCCACAGUCUCACUCAACAACGAAUCGAGACACAACCUCAUUUCCACAUGAACCAGGACACCCCGUCUACCUCAGAUGACGAGGCUGAAGAUGUCUCAUCGCACGAACAUGUUGACACGCCGCCAGCAACCCCAUUGAGAUACUUAGACAACAACCUUGGUAUUCACCAUCCAUUGGAUCAGCACUUAAACGACAAAUCCGACAAAAUGUCCUUGAAAACAACAGAACACGUUAUUGGACUGAACUCGGUUUCGCCCCUCGAGGGACCAAGCGACUGGUCUAAGUGGAAACGUGCCAUCAGGAUCACACUUGGAGUCGCAGGCUACGGUGAUCUCUUCGACCUCACAACCACGACAACAACACCAGAAAACAUGUCUCGACAAACCCAAGCUACAUACAUGAUCCUCAGUCGAUGUGGCUAUAAUGCUCAGGAAGUGGCAGAAGGCAAAACUACAGUUGCAGACAUGAUGGAAACUCUACGUAUCCAGUUUGAACCAAAGGGAAGCGUCGAAUUCACAGAUCUAGCCAGAAAGUGGAGAGACACUUCUCUCAGUCAAUUUGAUAAUGUCUCUGCAUUUGGACAAGAGAUCAGAGACAUCGCAGCUGGCUUUGCACGACUAAGUCAGGAAUGCAAACUCACAGAACCACAUAUUGUCGACAAGUUCCUCACCAGCCUCGGUCCAACAUACGACACAUUCCUCACCGUCUUCUACCAGAAUCACGACAUCGUCUCAACAUACACUAGAACAACUAUCACUAAACCAGGCGUCACCCUCAACGACGCCCUUCGUCUUGCCGAGCAAGAAGAACGCAGACAAAAGCAACAAAACGAAAACAAGACUACACAAACCGCACUCCUUGCCAGACGAGGCAAUUUCCGACACAACUCACGACCCCGUUUCCCUCCAUGCAGAUAUUGCAAUAAAACUGGACAUAAAGAAGACGACUGUUGGGUCCGACAUCCAGAGAAACGACGCGAAUGGGAACGCAAGUUCCCAGAACGAGCUGAACAGAGCUCAAGACUACGAAAGUCCCAAUGGCGUAAUAACAAUAACACAAACACCUCGCCGACACGAACGAACAGUCCCGACACCGAGGCCGCAAUGACUGCAACGCAAUUCCUCGAUAUGGCGUUUAUAUCUGUCCUUGACAACUUCGCCGGCACUGCACGAUCACGAGACGAAGCGAUACAAUACCUGUCCAAAGUCCAUAUCCUAGACAGCGGAGCAACAAGCCACAUGAUGUGCAAGUCCGAGAACUUCGACACCUUGACCAAGACUGAUGAAUCGGUUACCGGCCUUGGAGGCUCCAAAACAACAACACAGGGACGAGGCACAUACCGACUCCGAGCUAAGAACGAGAGUGGGAGAGCAAUCACACUCAGUAACUCGCUCUUUAUCCCGGAUGGACAUGUCAACUUGGUAUCAGUAUCACAACUCUCUAAGACUGGUGCACAAGUUGUCUUCAACGACAAACGCGCAAUAGUUAUCCGCGACAAUAAGACAGUCUUCACAGCUACUCUACGCCAUAACAUGUACAUCAUCGAUGAAGAAGGUAUUGAUCACGACAUCGCCCUAUCAGCACACACAAUCCAAGACCAGGAUCUUGCCAUCUGGCACAAACGACUUAACCACCUCAGCGAACAGGGUGUCAAGAAACUGUCAACUAUGAAGGGAACCCGUCCCUUUGAGAGUCUUCAUGCAGAUAUCGCUGGUCCUUUUCCAACAACCGGCCUCAAUGGAGAACGAUACUGGGUAACCUUCACAGAUGACUUUACACAGAUGACAUGGGUAUUUCCACUACGACAGAAGUCAGAAUUUACUGUCAAGCUCAAAUUCCUCAUCAACCAUCACAAAUCGCCAUCUAGACAAUGCAAGUUCCUUAGACUAGACAGAGGAGGCGAGAACAUCUCACAAGAAGUUCAACUCUUCUGCCAAGGAGAAGGGAUUGAGAUCAUCUACACCAACACCGAACAACAUCAACAGAACGGCAUUGCAGAACGAAUGAAUCGUACUAUACUAGAGAGACUCACAACAACUCUCGUGGAUGGAAAGAUCCCACACAUCUACUGGCCAUAUGUCCUCAAGGGAGCUGUAUGGACUAGAAACCUUAGUCCUCACUCGACUCUGCCGACUACACCAUACGAACAAUGGACCCAUGAGACUCCAGAUAUCCAACAUCUUCGCAUCCCUGGCAGCCAUGGCUUUGUCAGACUAACAGACUCAAAGAAACGCAAGAUGAACCCAGUCUCAGUCCCUUGCAAACUGCUCGCAUGCUCUGGCUUCUCAACAUACAUUGUCCUCACACACGAUAACAAGGUCAUCAGCUCCAACGACGUCGUCUUCAAUGAACAACCCCUCAUGCAUCUACAUCACCAUCCAGUCACAACCAACGACAAUGAGGCCAAAAGACGGAAGCUUGACCCUCAGAUGGAGAUUAUUACAAUCGAGCAACACAGGACAGACAACGACGAUGCAUCUAGACAACUCCAAGAAGAACAUGAACGACAAAUUCAACCAGACAACAAUGAGGACCCGAUCCAAGACACAAUUAUCGUCCAGACAGACACAAGAGUCCCUCAGAUCCAAGACGCACAAGUCGACAACCACACUCCAGCUCAGGCCGCACUUGAGAGACACCAUGAACUCCAGAUACCUCGACAGACACGCUCCUCUCGCGGACAACCACGAUACGCACUCAUCUCAGACACAAACCCACACCGAGACAACAUGACUGACCGACUAAAGAUAUUGACUACGCACAUCGCAAUGGCGGCUAAGUCAAUUGACCUCUCGGAACCUCGGACGCACAAGGAGGCUACCAAGUCUGCCUCAUUCAACCAGUGGAAUAAAGCAAUGAAGGAUGAACUUCAGUCCCUGGAAGAAAACAAGACAUGGAUAUUGGUAGAUGCACCAGAUAACGUUAACGUCCUUCGAGGCAAGUGGGUAUAUAAACUGAAGAGAGGCGGGAAAGGUGAAAUCCUGAGACACAAAGCCCGAUUCGUCGUCCGCGGCUUUGAACAAGAAGAAGGCAUCGACUAUCACGAGACAUUUGCCUCUGUCGUCAAACCAAUGAGCUACAAAGCCAUCUUCGCUAUUGCUGCUGCCCUCGACCUGGAAGUUGAGCAGAUGGAUGUCAAGACAGCCUUCCUGUAUGGAGAUAUAGACGAAGAUAUCUACAUCUCACAACCUGAAGGUUUUCAUGAUGGCACAGAACGAGUCUGCAAGCUCAACAAAGCACUAUACGGUCUUAAGCAAGCUCCACGUAUCUGGUAUAACACACUCUCCUCCUACCUCGCUGAACUUGGAUUCAAACCACUCUACUCCGACAUCGGUGUCUUUAUCAAAGGAUCAACCUUCAUUGCCGUCUAUGUCGAUGACCUCUUACUUGUUGGUCCUAACAAAAAAGAAAUCAAGAAGAUCAAGUCUAUGCUUUCUGAUCGGUUCAAAAUGACUGACCUUGGACCUUGCGAGUACUAUCUGGGUAUGUCUGUCCGACGAGAUCGACCGAACCGAGCCAUCUAUCUAUCCCAAUACGCAUACAUCCAGAAACUCCUUGAGGAAUUCGAACUCUGGGAUUGCAAUCCCGUGUCAACACCAGUCGCAAUAUCCAAGUUCAAUCCAGUCGACGACAGAUACAGAGUCACACCAGAACUCAAGACAUGGUUUGCACGUGCAAUCGGUUCAUUGAUGUACGCCAUGUUGGGAACUCGGCCAGACAUUGCAUAUGGAGUAUCCUUGUGCAGCCGAUAUCUCGGCAAUCCGACAGAUGAACAUCAAACGGCAGUCAAGAGGAUCAUGAGAUAUCUACGAGGCACCAUCCACUUUGAACUACGACUACAAGGACCCAUUCAACCACCCCAAGGGUACACAGACGCCGACUGGGGCGGGGAUCAAGACACAAGACGUUCAACAGGAGGAUACAUCUUUAACCUCGGCUCAGGAGCCAUCAGCUGGAGCUCCAAGCGACAACCAACAGUCGCACUCUCCUCCUGUGAGGCUGAGUACAUGGCUCAGACCCAAGCAACAAAGGAAGCUAUCUGGUUACGUCAGCUCUUCCAUGAACUCAUGGCCCCAAGUAACAUCAAGCUGGGUGCAACAAUCAUCUUUGGAGAUAACCAAGGCGCGAUUGCCAUGGCCAAGAAUCCUACUCAACAUGCCAAGUCCAAACACAUUGGCAUCCAACACCACUUCGUCCGAGAACAAGUUACCCUGGGCCAUGUCGAGCUGAAAUAUAUCUCGACAAAGCAACAGGUAGCAGACGGACUUACAAAACCACUUCCAAAGGUAGAUUUCCUACGUUUUCGGUCCGCUCUUGGACUUAUUGAUACUUCACCGUCACACGAUACCCUACGAAAGUGA